AUGCGUAAUCGUCCCGCUGUUCAGAACUCCCCCCUAAUAAUUUCCGUACAGUCCCUCAGCAGCAUCUAUGUCGGCUCUGCAGAGGUUGUUGAAUUACAGGAGGCAGAGAGGCACCGCACCUCGGCCGAGGAGGGAACCAGACGCUUCAAGUUGGACUUUGCCAACAAGGCCGACAGCCUGCAGCGGCAGAUUGAACAGCGAGAAAGGCAACUCCACCAGCUGGAGACGGACCUGAAGAUAGAGCGGGAGUGGAGGCAGACGUUACAAAAUGAUCUCGACAGAGAGAGGGAUACGGUGGCUCAGCUCAGCACGGAGGCGCUACAGAUCAACGGACUAAAGAAGGAGUUUCAUCGUCUGCAGGAUGAAAACAUUCAGCUGAAGACCAUCUGUGAGGACCAAGAACAAGCUCUCGAGGAACUAGGCUCCAAACUGAGCGAAUCCAAACUGAAGAUUGAGGACAUCAAAGAAGCCAACAAAGCUCUUCAGGGGGGUCAGGUUUGGUUGAAGGACAAGGAAGCCAGCCACUGCAAGCUGUGUGAGAAGGAGUUCUCCAUCUCCAGACGAAAGCACCACUGUAGAAACUGUGGGGAGAUUUUCUGUAACAGCUGCUCUGACAAUGAGCUGCCUCUGCCCGCCUCACCAAAACCAGUCCGAGUCUGUGACACCUGCCACGCCCUCCUCCUCCAGCGAUGCUCCUCCAAUCCAACGUGAAGGAGCCCCCGAACUGCUGCCGUAACGGCUUCAAACUAUCUGAGAUCAGACUCGUGAUUCCCACCCUUCCCUACCCUCUGUAAGAACCAUCUCCCAACUUCUCUCAACACACUGUUUGCUGCUAGAAACGGACCAUGUGCGUGCACAUUUACAGGUUGACAAGAAGAAGGGGCCGUUUGCAUCAUUCGGCCCCUUCUUUGUUUGACUUCACUACUUUAUUUGCAUAUGCUCUGCUGUACACUCAAAAACAUGUUCUCUUGUAAUCGGAUGCAGAAGAGGCAAUCAGCCCACUACAACAUGGGUCAACAUGACAUCUUUGGUCUGCUUUAAUAUCAUAAACAAUCAUUAUCUAUCCUAAAUAUCAGUUAUACAGAUGUAACCAUUUAUGGUAUAUUUACAUAUAUAAUGACCUGUCUGAGGACAGAGCUCUGCUAUGAAAGGAGGAACGACUUCACGAUGAACUGAAAGUGAACCUGCACUGACUGUGACGAGCACUGCUGCAGCUAAAUGCAAAUUCUCAACCAAACCUCCAGUCUCAUGUAGUACUGCGUCGUUAUAAUUUCUGUUUCAAGCCUCUAAACUGUAUACAGUCCAACAGAUUUUAUAAUUUAUACAUACAGUAACGUGGCCUUGUUACCGAGUCUGACUUCAUAGCGCCUUCUUUUGAGGUGGAGUGAAAUGAACACAAACAUAAAGGCAACAUUUACACAGGCACAAAAGAUCAAGUCAACCUGUUGAAUCCAACUUCACUAGAAACUGCUGUGAGUAGUUCUGUUCCUGUUUUAGUUGCAGUCGUCUCACAGUAGCAACAAAGGCCUUUCUGCAAACUAAUCAAACAAACCUUCGCAGCUCCGAGCGGAUUUUGCUCUGCUGACACUUCGACCUCGACUAGACGCUUUCAAAGGAACUGAAAUUCUGUUUAUUUAACAACGUUGGUGCCGUUUGUGCCUGUGUAAAUGCAGUGAAUAUUACCUACUUGUGCUUCUCAUGUUGCCAAAAUGACCCCUAGAUUCUACAGAGAGGAUUUCUGGAGAGAAUCUAGAAUAUUUCAAAGUAGCAACACUAGCCUUUACUAGCCAAGCAAGCAGUCAAGAGUAGAGGCACAUUCACUGUUUGUUUGAGACACUAAUGCAGUGGCUGCUGCUUAAGGACCAAGAAGAGCAACAGUGGCUCUUUAGAUGAUGAACCACUGACGGCUAGCUUACAACAUGACCACUUCACUGACUAGUUAGUGGCUAGGAACAGACUUGAGUGUUACACACUUCUGACACCAUAGCCACAAAUUAAGUUUGAACACUUGCCAAUCCUAUAUUACCUGUAAUAUAGAUGGAUUUCAGAGUAUUUAUAUUUGAUUUUGUGUUUUAUACACAUUAAUUUUUACUUUCAGAAGUUCAGGGAACUUGUUUGAGCCUUCCCUGUAAAGUGAUCUGUGCAGAUGGAGAUGUUAUUAAAGAAGAGCCACAUUGUACUGCUGCUCCAUUCCCGAGAGGAAGUUUGAAACUAAAGCAUUUUUGUUCAAUUUAUUUUGUGUUGUCAAAUUAAUGCUGACGACUGUUAAGUACGGUCUUCAGGUUACGAUGCAAAUUAAACUGCACAUUCUUAUUUUGUACUUAAACACAAUGUUUACAACCUGUGACUUUUCAAGAACUGGACGUAUUCAUUCCCGUGAAGAGAUAAAAACAGACCUGGGUCCAUUUUAAAUAUUUUAAAUCUCAUGAAUCUAUCAUAUCAUUAAGUACUACAGGCAAAAUGUUUCUGAAUUGCACCCAGGCCUGAAACCUUUUUGUACAGUGUCACUCUUAUAAAUGUCCCAGCUUUGGGACUUGGACAGUGUUGAUACCACUGUAUGUUGUAUAAAUACACACAUUGAUAAUCACUGUGGCUCUUUAGCUUACUAAAUCCUGCCAGUUUAUUAUUAACUAUUGCCAACAGUAUGUUGCCUCGACUGUGUAGCAGUUUCUGAUUAAAUCACAUUACAAACACAA